UCGUUAAAAUAAAAAGUCACAAAAGACUUUUUUAAUUUGAAAAAAUAAAUUGUAUUGUCGUGAUUGAAUAAAUUUUUAAAAUUUAAACAAUUGAUCAUUUAAAAUUAAAAAUUCAAUACAUUUUUUUAAUAUGAUUUCUAAAAUUUGGUGUGCAUUCUAUUUUGUGAGUUGUUUCAUACCCAUUUUGACAAUGCCUUCGAUGCUUACUGAAAAAAACAGCCCAAUAGAAGGAUAUCAAGUGACAGAAGAAGAAUUAAAUAUAUUAAAGCAGUUAUUUAUUGAAUUGUCAGAUAAUAAUGACACUAAUGUUCCUGUUACGCAAAUUAUAAGCCUUUUUAAGAUGAUCGGUAUUACUCUUAACGAGGAAGAAAUUAAAAAAAUACCACUAAAAUGUGAUGGGCAAAAUACUGUAGAUUUCAAAACAUUUGUAAGUUUAUUAUAUUAUAUAUACUUCGAAAACAAUACGGAUAUUGAUGAAGAAAAAGAAACAUUCACGAUCCUUUCUGAAGGAAAAGGAUAUAUAUCAAGAGAAAAAUUGAAAGAAAUAUUAAUAGGUAGUAGUCUUUAUGAAAGCGAAGACCAGAUAGACAAUGAUAUGAAAAUGUUUGAAGUAGAAGAUGAUAAAAUGAAUUAUGAUCAAUAUCAAAAUUGGAUAAAAUAUACCGAAAAGAAAAAUCUUAUGUCUCUAUAGCAUAAUUAAUUUUUAUAUUACUUUACAAAGUUUACACUAAUAAACUGAUUAAACUUA